GAGGAGGGUCCUGGCUCAGAGAUCCUCGCCUCCUCCACCUCCACCUUCACCUCCACGGAGGAGACCGGAUCCACGUUCCUCCGUCUCCGGCUGAGCCUGGAGCCCAGAGAGUCGGCGGGUCUGCGGCCACCAGUGUGAGCUCCACCCCGGGGGACCCCGGAUCUGCUCUGAGAGAAGAGCGGAGGACCGAGCUUGGACCAGAAUCAGCUCCGGGCUGCGGGCACACAGAGGCAGGAGGCCGGAGCUGCGACUGGAUGAAACCGAGAGAGACUCAGAGGUGAGGAGCAGGGCAGCCGCAGUCCCAGCCUACGUAGUGUAUCGCCGCUCCAGGACGGGCCAUGAAUAAACAAGCAAGCAAGGAGAGUCUGAAGGACAAGGUGAAGGGGAUCUUUGGUCUGGGGACAACGCGCCCACCCAGCAAACAGAGUGAUAGCAAACCAUCGGAAUUUAUUAUUACCACAGACAUCAUCAAGGAGCUCCAGCCCGACUGCGGCCUGAGCAAUCGCAUUCGCAUGAUGAACCACGUCUGCGAACUGGCAAAAUCGAAGAAAUUUGAGGAGCAUGCAGUCGAGGCACUAUGGAAGGCUGUGGAGGACAUGCUCACUCCAGAGCAGCCACCUGAGGCCAGACAUGCUGUCCUGCAGCUGCUGAGGGCCAUUAUACAGGGACAGGGCGAGCGACUUGGCCCUCUGAGAGCCUACUUUUUCAGGGUGAUCAGAGAUUACCAACCCUGCAACGAAGACCUCUCUGACAGGCUGGAAGUUUUCAAGGCCUUAACAGAAAAUGGAAAAGACAUCACCUACCUGGAGGAGGAUAUAGCUCGGUUUGUCCUCCUGUGGAUGGACAUUGGCCUCACCUCAGACUUUCUGCACGUUCUUGUAAAUCUGGUGAAGUUCAACAGCUGCUACCUGGACCAAAAUGUCUCCACCAUGGUCCAGAAAAUCUGUCUCCAAUGCAACAGAACAACAUCGUCAACAGAUAUUGAGGUAGCUCUACAGGUCCUGGAUGCGGUGGUGUGUUACAAUUGCCUGCCUUCAGACUCUCUCACCGUCUUCAUCAUCACACUCUGUCGUACAGUCAAUGUCAAGGAGUUUUGUGAAUCCUGCUGGAAGCUGAUGAGGAAGGUGUUGGGUACUCACCUCGGCCAUAGCGCUAUUUACACCAUGUGCCGCAUCAUGGAGGAGAGGAUAUACAUGGAGGAUGCACCACUGUUGAGAGGAGCUGUGUUUUUCGUUGGAAUGGCACUGUGGGGUGCACACAGACUGCCUGCUCUGAAAAACACACCCACAUUGGUUCUGCCAUCUUUCUACAAGGCCAUGUCGUGUGCCAAUGAGGUGGUGUCCUAUGAAAUCGUCCUUUCCAUCACCCGGCUGAUCAAAAAGUACGGCAAGGAUCUGCAGGUGGUCACCUGGGACAUCCUGCUGGGCAUCAUAGAGCGACUGCUGCAGCAGAUCCAGACAAUAGGCAGUGCCGAGUUGAAGUCCAUCGUCUAUGAGCUGUUGACAACAGUAGAGGAGCUGUACGAGCAGAACGGUUAUCAUGGCUCCACAGAGAAGUUCUUCAUUCUGGUGGAGAAAUGUGCUGACAAAAGACCUGAUUCAUCAGUGCUGACCCUUAUCUCGUACAGGGCCCAGUCUAUCCAGCCAGCCAAGGACGGCUGGAUUCAGAGCCUUCACCGCCUCAUGGAGAAAUUCUUCAGGAAUGAGACUCGCAGUGUGAUAAGGAUCAAAGUGCUUCACAUCCUGUCCUUCGUUCUCAGCACCAACCGACAGCUCUACGAGGAUGAGCUGAUAGAAAUGGUGGUGAUCCCCCAGCUCAGUGGGAUAGCUGAAGACCGGGACCUGGCCGUCAGAAAGCAGGCCACCCAGCUGCUGGUGGACCUGGCUGAGGGCUGCAAUACGCACCACUUCACCAGUCUAUUGGACAUCAUUGAACGGGUUGCUAGUCGCUCACUGAUUUGUUCAGGGCCCCUGGAGGUUUCUGAGAGAGACCCCACGGCAGAGUCUCCUAUGGAGGACAUCAAGACUGCUAUACUGGGCUUGCUGGAAAUCCUGCAGAGCAAGCUUUACAGUCUACCAGCCAGCCAUGCCAGUCGUGUUUAUGAGUUGCUUAUCAGCCACCUGCAGCUUCACUAUAAAAACAAAUACUGUUCAGCUAUUGCUUCCAGCAUUAGAUUACAGGUCUUUGACUUCUUCCUGAUGAUGCGAGCAGACUCUCUUCAUCGUCUCGGAGUCCCCAACAAAGACGGAGCCAUGAGGUUCAGCCCUUACUGCUACUGUGACACAGGGGAGCCAGAGAAGCGAGUCAGUGAAAAGAAGCCGACAGGUUCAACAUCUCCUCCUGCUGGUAGCCCAGCUCCCCCAGCCGCUCCUCCCCCUUCAACAGCCUCCAUACGCUCAGCCUACCUGCCCUAUGCACCUGCCUUUAGUGUCCUCCUGCAGGGCCUCAAGAUGGAGACCGAUUGGAAGGUGCUGAAGCUUGUUCUCGACAAGCUGCCUUGGAUGCUGCAGUACAAAGUGCUGCUGCUGACGUCACUGUGCAGCUUGGACCAGCUCUGUUCGACACUCUGCUGCAUGGUGACAGAUCGUCUGAUCUCAGAGCGCUUGAAGAAGACCCCAGAGGGGUUUUCCCGCACUGAUGUUCAGCUGGCGGUGGUUCCUGUCCUCACGGCGAUCACCUCCUAUCACAACUACCUGGAGCAGUCGAGACAGAGAGAGCUGGUUCAGUGCCUCGAGACUGGCCUCAUUUACCGCUGUGCCAAGCAAUGUGUAGUGGCCCUGACGAUGUGCACGGUGGAGAUGCCUGACAUCAUGAUCAAGCUCCUUCCCGCUCUUAUUGUCAAGCUCACCCACAUCUCUGCCACUGUUGCCAUGGCGUCUCCUAUGCUUGAGUUCCUCUCCACUCUGGUGCGCCUGCCCCAUCUCUAUGCCAACUUUGUAGCUGAGCAGUAUGUCAGUGUGUUUGCAAUCUCUCUACCGUACACUAAUCCCUCCAAGUUCAACCAGUACAUUGUGUCACUGGCCCACCAUGUGAUUGCUAUGUGGUUCAUACGCUGCAGACUUCCCUUCCGCAAAGACUUUGUUCAGUACAUCACAAAGGGUUUGCGUUCCAACGCCCUGCUGCCAUUCGAUGACGGACAUGAGCAGAGUCCAUUUCGCGCCCGAAGCACCAGCCUCAAUGAAAGACCCAAGAGUCUGCGGGCGGCAAAAGUGGCGAAGGCAGCAGCGGCGGUAGCCAAUAGCAGCAGCUCUCCUGUUAAAGAGCUGAGGGACCUGUCAGCCAUGGACGCGUUCCGCUCCCGCAGCAUCAGUGUCUCCGAACAUGCGGUCCGCAGGAUGCACACCUCGACCACCACGUGCAGCCUGGGCUCCGCUGAUGAAAAUGCGGUGACUCAGGCAGACGAGGGGCUGAAGACCGUCCACCUGGAGCUCACGGAGACCUGCCUGGACAUGAUGGCACGAUAUGUGUUUUCCAACUUCUCCGCAUUGCCCAAGAGGUCACCCAUAGCAGAGUUCUUGUUGGCAGGGGGUCGCAGUAUGACCUGGCUUGUGGGCAACAAGCUGGUGACCAUAACAACCAGCGGAGGGGUCCGAACACAAGCACUGCUAGGCCUGGACAUGGCUGAACGUCUGGGAGGAGGAGGGGAAAUGACCAGGUCAGAUCCAUCUCUACACACCCGAAUAACCAAAGAGGCUCCGGCCAAACUGGAGUCACAGUCAAGCCAGCAGCACAACAGAGCCACACGCAUACGGGUCCGCUCCAUCUCAGGUGGCCACGCUCUACGCGCCGGUCCUGCUCAGAGCCUCAGUCCUCUCGUGUCCCCUUCUGAGGGCGAGUUAGCCGCUCCUCUCUCUCCCUCGACCGGUCCCACCCUUGAUGGCCUGGGUCCUCCCUCCUCCAUCUCUGUGGCCCCAUCGACCCCCCCGCCUCUCAAAGACAACCCCAGUCUGGCUGAUUUUGUCCCCAUACUAACACAGGGCUGGGCAGAGAUUUUCAUCCGGAGACCAUCAGGUAACACAAGUUGGCUCAUGUGUCUGGAGAACCCACCCAGCCCCUUCUCCUCUGAGCUCGGCAACAUGCCACUGCAGGAGCUCUCUACUGUCCUGAUGGCGAUGGAGGGAGUGAAGGAGCCUCCUGCCCAGACAACCAGCGCUCCCGCUAGCACCGCUGCUCCCGCGCCGGCGCCCGUCUCAGAGCCCCUGACCCAAACACACAGCGGCGUCGCAGGGAAGGCAAACCUGAUCCAGCGCUCCAACACUGUUGGUGGCUUUCUGUGGUCUGUGGGUCUGGGCUCUGCCCCCUCAGGCCCUCCAGCCCCGGGCAGGUUGCACAGGAGCAUUUCCUGGGCAGAAUCUGUGGUGGUGCUGGAGGAAGGCUCAGGGGUCGCUGCAGCACACAGCCCGUCUGAUUGGCUGGAGAGUGAGGAGUUUGAGCCAAUGUCCUCUGAUCCCAUCUUCAUGUCUGCUGACAAGUUCACCAAGACCCCGCCUCCUGGAACACUCAGCAGGUCCUCCUCCACCUCCAGUCAAGAUGAUGAGAAGUCGACUCUGGAGGAAGUAAGUGAGGGAGCGAUUCCCAUCGAUCAGCCCACCAUGGGACCUUCUACACCAGGCAGCCAGGGGCCCGAGCUUCCCUUCCAGAGUCAUUCUCCAUCCCAGGGUCACGGACUUAACAAGUCCAGCUCCUCUCCGGAGCUCCAGACGUUACCUGAAGCCUUCACCAAGGCUGCUCUGGAGUCCGAGACGGUGCUGGUAGACACAUUGCUACCCAGAGCGCCCUCAGAUGGCAAGCCUCAGCAGCAGCAACCUCACUUUGAGAAAGAUAAGGUGGAGGUAAGUGCGGGAGGGGACGUUAAUGGGCUGGGAGGCCAGAGUCAUGGCGCCGAAGGCCCUGCUGUAGCAUCAUCUCAGAUUGGAGGGGCAAGGAUGAGGCUGGAGUUUCCAACGGCGGUGGCACAACCUGGACCCAUCUCCCCCGGCGGAGGCCACCGGCCCCGGGGUCACACCAUCUCAGUAUCGGCCCCCUCCUCCAGAAGGGAGAGGAGGACAGACAGAGACUUGUACCACAGUCGGCCAGGACCCAGCAACACUGAGAAGAUUUCUGGACUGAGUCCCAGCUUUGUCUUCCUCCAGCUGUACCACUCUCCUUUCUUUGGGAAUGAGGCCAACAAGCCACUGCUGCUGCCUAAAACUCAGGUGAUCGACCGAGCUGUGAAGGUUCUGGACCAGAUGCCUCCUUAUGACACCCAUAAGAUCGGAGUGGUGUUUGUAGGAGCUGGUCAGGUUAACAACGAAGUCUCCAUCCUAUCAAACGAGUACGGUUCGAACCGCUACGCUGCCUUCCUAACAGGCCUGGGCAAACUAAUCCAUCUGAAGGACUGUGACCCCGACCAGAUCUUCCUUGGAGGCCUCGACCAGUACGGAGACGACGGAGAGUUCACCUACUGCUGGCAUGACGACAUCAUGCAGGCGAUCUUCCACAUUGCCACACUGAUGCCAAACAGGGAGAGCGACAAGGGCUGCUGCAACAAAAAGCGUCACAUUGGCAACGAUUUUGUCAUGGUUGUGUACAAUGACUCUGGAGAGGACUACAAACUUGGCACAAUUAAGGGCCAGUUUAACUUUGUAGAGGUCAUUAUAAAACCACUGGAUUUCGAAUGUAACCUGGUCACCCUCCAGUGCCGCAAAGACCUUGAGGGCUUAGUCGACACAACAGUGGCAAAAAUCGUUUCAGACCGCAACCUUCCACUCUUAGUCAGACAGAUGGCUCUGCAUGCGAAUAUGGCCUCUUUGGUGCACCAGUACAGAGCAAACCCUUCAGAUGCUUAUGCCUCGAAGUGGCUGGCGAGAUUACGACACAUUAAGAGGAUUAGGACCAGGGCACAAGAAGACAUUCAGUCUCGCUCGACUCCCGGCAUCUCGCUGACCCAAGGACACACUCAGCAGAACAAGUCGUUUCAGCAGAGCAAUCAAGCACCAAACCCUGAAACCUCGGGGCAGAGAAAGAGACUUGUAUCAACAGUGGACGAUUUCACCGAUUUUGUUUAAUUACAUAUCUUAUCCUGGCAGACGCAAACACACAAACGCCUGCGCACACACACGUCUGCAUACACACAUGCGAGCAUGCACUCAUGACCAUAGACAGGGUGUGUUUGUGUGUUAACGUGUGGAAUAAAAAGUGACCAUGGACAAAAUUG